AUGGAAUUCUAUCCUUCAUGCCAGACCCAGCAAUUGGCCCCGGUCAUUGCUCUAUGUCUUGGCUCCGGUGAUCAUGUUGUCACCCUUAGGAAACACUUUGAUGUAGCCAACAUCGACGCUCGCAUCUGGGACUCCAGCAUGCUAAAGAACAGACUUCUGAACAACAAGUAUAUUCUCCGAUACCACGAGUCCGAGCCCGAAAUUGAGUCCACAAUCUCGAGCUACAAAGCAAAGGUCCCUGGAUCGCACUCGCUCAUGUCACCUUUCAAUAAGGCCUCCGAUAUCUUCCCCAAUGGGAUUCUCUCUCAGAAGUGGUUCUCCAAGUACACUCUGAAAUUACCAUUCGUGGUCAUCUGCGUUUAUACAUUAGAAGAUAAAGAUGCCGACCAGCUGCUUGGAGAAGCCCUUCUCAAUGCCCGGACAAAAUAUUUCGACAUGGGCGUGCGAUUUGUUGCGGUAAUAGUUUCAUCCAGCAAAGAGGUGGAUGCAGAUGCUGAGAGAACAGCAAAUUUGCGCCAAAUCUCUGGCCUUGCUCGUCUCUCGGGCCUUUUCUACUUGAAUACUGCUCCGGAGACCCUCGAUAGAGACUGUGGUGUGUUAACAAGCACACUCUUACACAACUUGAAAACCUCUGCGACAGACUUCUACUCAGCCAUAGAGCACAAGGUUAGACAGCGCUACAGAAAGUACUACUCGUUCCCUGAGGCUGAGAUUGAUACGAAAAUUUCAUUGGAUCCAAAAUUUUUAGAAAUCCGCAAUUUAAUCAAACAGGCCAUGUUGACUCAGCUCAUUCAUCCCCACAACGUGGAGUCCAGUCUUUCCACAUUGGAACAGGCUUACGAGCAUUUGAUAGACUUGAUGCGAGAGCUCAUGCCUAACUUUGCUGAACCAUCGGUGUCACAACACGAUGCUGCAUUGUAUAAGCAAUUUCGUAAUUUGCUAGAUGUUCUAGCUAUUCAUCUCAUACGUGGUUACAUUUCCAUCGAGGAGCCCGUAGCCGCAUUAAGAAAGCAUGAUGCACAUAUUGCAAACGUCUUGGAUGCCGUUUCGCUCUCUGAAGUUGAUCAAUCCAUGUGGUUAUCUAUUCAGUAUCAUUGGCUAGCAGAACUUAUGGUACAGGUUCCUGCCUCUGUUUUGUCCGACUUACACAAGAUUGCAAAGGGAAAGAAUAAGAAUAAUCAGAAGAGUAUCGCCUACUAUGGCGGUAUAUCGUUCCAUGGUCAGUUCUUUUCCAGGGUGGUAACUGAGCCUUCUUUGUUAUUCCUCAAGGCAGCGAAAAACUUGGAUUCCGUGCAACUUUCUACCUCUUCUCUCACUUACUUGCAAGUGUACCCUGAUCAAGCUGGCGUCUGCGAGUAUAAGAUUCGGCUUUUAGAGGCUGCCAAACUGAAUGUUCAAGGGCCUUCUACAGGCAAAGAUAAGGACCAUAUUUCAUUUCAGGGAUUGGUUAGUCUCCUCGAAUGGCUUAUUGGAUGCGAGUAUGAGAAGCUUGGCGACUAUACGAGAGCCAUUGAACACUUUCAUGGAAGUGUUGAGGGCCAGAACACUCCUUGGGACAUCGUAACGGGAUCUGUCACCAGCAAAAUUGUGGCAGCCGUGGCUCAAAUUGAUGACUCGCAAGAGUAUUUGAGACAACUUGCAAAGCUUUCGCUAUUGAAGUCCACUUCAAAACUCUCUCUUCCCCAGAUGCAAUUUCCGGAGUCUGAAUAUGAGGUGACAGUACUUGGAGGUAAGUUUUUGACUGUCGACCUCUUUGUCUUUGAUCAAAACUUGAAAGGCGAAGCGCAUGCUUUCGACACCGUGACUUCGCAAUUCAUUUUCAACUCCAAUUUCGACACUUCCCUCUUGAAGAAUAUGUUUUCAGACAGUGAAGUCAAGAUACUCAUUGAGAAGUUGGAGGUACAUCUCGGGGAAAGAGGUGUGGUGACUUUGACAAGUAGUGAAUCUAGCAAAGAGGACCUUGAGAUUUUGAGAAUCGAACUGAGCGAACAUUCGUUAACACUUGGGGAUUUAACAAAGCAACGUAUACUUCAAUUACAAGAUGUUGUUACGGACUCAGGCUGGUACACUGUUAAUAACAUCGAUGUUCAAAUGAAAGUGGUGUUGAAAUCUCCAACAAAAUCUAUUAAUUUCCUCCAUUCUGAGUCGCAUGAGUUUGACGAUCAAGAAAUCAUCCAUUCUAAAAAGAUUUUCAGCAAGAACGAAAAGUUAGAGUCUCGCCUAGUCCGUGUGGAUUCUCGAGGUGCGAACCGAACAAUGAUCUUACCUUAUCGACCAGAUAUUGGCAUGAAGAUGUCAUUUCCAUUCGCAACGAUAAUUGUUGGAGAGGUUCUUGAGAUUCUGUUUGAAAUCUCGCAUAAAAAGACUCAAGUACAAUCCAUGAAUUUCUCAUCAGUAUCCUUGCAAGCACAGACCAAGGUAGUGGAAAAUGAAUUUGAAAAAGAUGAUUUGCCAGUUCAGACAAACUGGGAGCAAUUAAAAGAUGAUGAGCCAUUGCCAAUUUUGCAGGAGAUAAACUCAGAUCAAGUAUCCUUCAGCAGAUCGUUACGCAUGUCAAUAAGAAAGCCACCAGGCGCACUGUCAACGCAGGGUAACUUACGUGUUGUUUUGGAGGUUCAGAUGUUGGUCACAGAAUCUACUGGUGUAGUUUCUAUCUAUGAACUUGAAACGUAUCUGUUGCCUAUCGUUGUGGAGCCAUUUGGCAGUCUGCUUUCAGUGAGUCCUAAUUGCAAUGCUAAAGGUGAAUUAGAAAUGCCUAACCCAUUUAUUCUUGGCAUAGACUCUGGAAACCCCAGCAAAGAUUAUUCGAUGCCUCUGCCUUCUAGAACGUGGCGUGCUGAUAUUGCUAUUGAUGAUAAGUUGAAAUUAAUUGAGGCGGGGGAUAUGGAGCUUCUCAAAGCACACCUCAACUUGAAGAGCAACAACGCUGAGAUCGUCGUUGAACCAGUUGAGGAAACGGUUACUACCAAAGACUUGGUGAGCCAGCUUUUUGUUACGAAAAGUAAGCACAGGUUCACGGACCGAAACGUCACGGUGGUGGCUCAAGCAAAUUUUGAAUGGAAGAGAAAGGGUACUGAUUUGGUGAAUGUGUACGAAACAGAUGAAUGGGAACUCCUGCUUCCGUUGCAAGAUCCUCGGAUUUUGCUUCAAGUGACGGAUAUUGAUGCUCAGAACAUGCGAUUAGCCUACACGAUUGAAAAUCCUACUCCUCGAAUUCUCACUUUUACAACAACAUUGGCAGUGGACGGAGCUGCUUUGCAGGGUACCAAUUGGCUGUUCGAAGCGUCUCGGAACCUUUUGCCUACUAAGCAAUCUGCAUUCCCAGUAUUACCCUUCAGCCAAUACCAAAUGGUUUACUUGGGCCAGUACCAAUUAGAUGAAAAGGAGCAAGACAUCCAAUUGCCGCAUCUACAUGUCUAUGACGUCAACUACAAGGUGAGUUUGCCCACGCUUCCACUUGAUGACAAGGUGAUUUCCGAUAAACUGGCAUUGUACAUUAAAGGUACAUAA